ACAUGAGUCUAGAACUUACUCCAUGAGAGACAAGUGAAGGACUUAUAUUCUCUUGUGCAUCCUCAAACAACAACCUUUGUUCCUGAGAUAGGAUGUAAAAAUGUUUUAUGAGCAAGACAAUAACAAUUAAAAGAACAUGGGCAUCACUCAACCUGAGGUCCUGCCUCUAGUAUGAUUCAACCAUGUCAGAAGACACCAGUGCUGCUUGCAACCACACAAAGUGAGGACUGGGACACCAAGGACUUCUCAAGCUCCUCCUUGGCUCUCGAAUAGGAUAUAGUGAGUGGGGCUAAGGUCCUGGUCCAUAAAAGGAACAUGUUCCUUAAGUUCUGCCUGUGGACGAUGUUCUUCUUCUCUGCAUGGUCACCAAUUGGACAUGCUAAGUACAGUAGCCUUCUAGAAGUAGUGACACCCUUGAGGGUCACUGUCACUAGAGGAAAUAAUAUUUCACCAGGUUGGCUGUCCUAUAGCCUGAACAUUGGGGGGCAGAGGCACAUAAUCACUAUGAAACCCAAGAAAAACUUGAUAUCCAGAAACUUCUUAUUAUUCACUUAUAGUGACCAAGGUGAUCUCCUUGAACAACACCAUUUUGUGCAGAAUGACUGCUAUUACCAUGGCUAUGUGGAUGAAGACCUAGAGUCCCCGGUCAUUGUCAACACCUGUUUUGGAAGUUUGCAAGGCACACUAGAGAUAAAUGGCACAAGUUAUGAAAUCAUGCCCAAGAGCUCAACGUCAACAUUUGAACAUCUGGUUUACAAAAUGGACAGUGGGGAUUCAGAAUCAUCUCCCAUGAGAUGUGGGUUAUCAGAAGAGGAAACAGCACAACAAACGAAGCUACAAGAAAGCAAUGCCCCCACACUUUUACAAAUUCCCUAUGAGAAUUGGUGGACCCACCACAGGUUUAUUGAAUAUUUUGUAGUACUAGACCAUAAACAAUAUGUUCAUAGAAAUAACAAUAUCACAACUUGUAUUCAAGAUAUGUUGCAAAUAGUCAAUGGAGUAAAUGGUUAUUAUCUUCAAAUAGAUACUGAUGUGGUUUUAACCACUCUUGAAGUAUGGAAUGAAAAAAACUAUAUCAAUGUAGAACUCAGUAUAUUUAAAGUCCUUGGUGAUUUCUGUACUUGGAAGCAAAACAUGUUUGGCAAUCGCAUUAGACAUGAUAUCAUACACCUUUUAGUCAGACAGGGAUAUGGUUUAUAUUUAGGGUUAGCUUAUUUAGCUGACGUUUGUACACCUUAUAAUUGUGGAGUUAGCAGUGUCCUUUCUGAUGUAAUGUCAGACAUGGCACACAUUGUAGCACACGAGAUGGGGCAUAACUUCGGUAUGAAACAUGAUGGAAUUGGAUGUACUUGUGGGUUAAAAGACUGUCUAAUGGCCCCAUAUAAAACAAAUUCUCCAAAAUUCAGCAACUGUAGUUAUGAAGAAAUGUAUUCAGUUGUUACCAAACGAAGUUGCUUAUAUGAUAUUCCAGAAGCACUAGUAACAAACCUGACCGUGUGUGGGAAUAAGGUGGUUGAAGAAGGAGAGCAGUGUGAUUGUGGGAACUCUGAAUCCUGUUUACAAGAUCCUUGCUGUAGCAGCGACUGUGUUCUCAAACCUGGUGCUCAAUGUGCUUUUGGACUUUGUUGCAAAAAUUGCCAGUUCCUUAAAGCAGGCACUGUGUGUAGAAAAGAGAAAAAUGAGUGUGACCUUCCAGAGUGGUGCAAUGGAACUUCAGCUGAGUGUCCAGGAGAUGUGUAUAAAGCAGACGGAAUCCCUUGCAGUGGUGAGGGCUAUUGCUAUAAAAUGGAAUGUCAUCAACGUGAUGAGCAGUGUCGGAAGAUUUUUGGCAAUGGAAGUAGAAGUGCAGAUGAAAUUUGCUACAUGGAAAUGAACAGACAGGGUGACCGCUUUGGGAACUGUGGCAAUGAUAGCUCUACAUAUAGAACAUGCCAAAUUGCUGAUGUACUCUGUGGGCAAAUUCAGUGUGAGAAUGUGAUACAACUUCCCCAAAGGAGAAACCAUGAAACAGUGCAUUAUACUCACUUCAGUAAUAUCACCUGCUGGACUAUGGACUAUCAUUUUGGGAUCACCAUAGAUGAUAUUGGAGCUGUGAGCGAUGGCACAGCUUAUGCUCCAGACCAUAUAUGUGUUGACAGAAAGUGUGUCAGCAAGUCUGUUCUGGUAAGUAACUGUUCACCACAGUUAUACCAUAUGCAAGGAAUCUGCAAUAAUAAACAACACUGCCAUUGUGGUGUCACAUGGAAACCACCAGACUGUCAAAAACGUGGCCAUGGAGGUAGUAUAGACAGUGGACCACCUCCAUUGCCUUUAUCUCAUUCCAAAUGGAUUGUGUACAUCCUUAUUGUUUUAGAUGUGUGUAUUGUUAUCAUAAUUUAUUUAUUUUCUUUUUAUAAGUUAAGCAAAUAAUUCCUAAAAGAAAUUGUGCCAGAUUCAGAAUUGGGUGAAAAACAUCUUACCUGAAUAAAAACAGAAUUUCAGGUCUACUGAAAAA